AUGGCAGAUGUCGCAGUUCCCGCAUCAAGCGACCAAGUUGAUGAGUUGCUUUUGAGCGACACCGCCAAACCUUUACCCGAUGCAGCUUCAACGGCAGCUAAUGUCACUUUGCACGACGUGUGCCAUUUGGAAAACGUAUUGGUCUCAGACCCCACCAUCCACGAAUUGGAAACCAGAUCUUUUGGACAAAUAUCCCUUCCGCUCCUGCAACCCCACCCCGCCGAACAGCCUCCUUUGACAGAAGGCAACGUAACAAUGUUCGCUAUUGCAUGUUUCCGAGCCAACAACGGCCCCAACUGGUGUUUCAACAGCCAUCCGGCCACACUGCAGGUUUCCGACAAGUACCUCGGCAGGUGGGACUGCCACGCCACCCACCAAGGUACAAUCUCGGUCGGGGAUCUCUCGGUUACAGUUGGGGUGCGCCAAUACGAGCAUGGUGAACCAAGUAGUGGCCUUCGCUUUUACUUGGGACUCGCCCAGUCCUACUUGCAUGCAACAACUAGUCUGAUUUGUUUUCGCGAGCAAGUUACGAGCCGAUUGGAUCCUGUUGAGGAUUUCACCGACGAAGAAUGGGAUGUCCUCCACGCGUUUCGGUUCAUGGAGAACCUUGUUGGCCUCAAGCAGGAAGAGUCACCCGGUCAAGGAUUUCCAGGAUUUACCGCCGAAGAACGUCUCCUUCUCGAGGCGUUUUCCCAUUGGACAUAUGAAGAGAGUGGGCAGACGAGUAUCAUCAGCGGCUUUCAAGGUGUUGGGACUAUCCUGACGGAGGCCGUCAUUCACGAUACCGAGUAA